GUCUUAAAAUAUCAACUGACCGAAAUUGCAUUGCACAUCGACCUUAUAAUAAGAUAACUAAACGAUAUGAAGGUUAUGUUUGGCAGACUUACAGACAAAUCGCCGAGCGUCUUACCAACUUUGGUUCUGGACUUUUGCACUUGAGUGAAUCUGUUAUAAAGAACUCUAAGGUGCAACAGUGGUGCGUUGGAAUUCAUUCAAAUAAUAGGCCUGAAUGGUUCAUUACCAAUCAGGCUGUCGAAUAUAUCAUAAAUCAUUCUGAAAUUCCAAUUGUGAUUGCUAGCGCUAAUCGCGUCCCUGAGCUUAUUCGGAUUGCGUCAAAGGUGUCCGUAAUGAAAAUAAUCAUUUCAAUGGAUGAGCUUGACGACAAUGUCCCUGCGCCUGCGCCUAUUGGUACUGUUACUACCGGAAAAGUUUUAAAAGCGUGGGCACAUGAUAAGGGCAUUUUAUUAUUGGACUUUAAUGAGGUUGAAAAAUUAGGCCAACAACAUCCUCGUAGACAUAAUCCUCCUUCUCCGAAUGAUCUUGCUUUUAUUAAUUAUACUUCAGGUACAACUGGUACUCCAAAAGGUGCUAUGAUUGCUCAUUCAACUGCCAUCGGUGCGAAAAAUGGCAUCUCUUUAACCUGGACUUUAACUCCAGAUGAUCUUGCUCAUGUAUUAGAAAUUAUGGCUGAAGUAGCUAUGAUUGGCUUUGGUGCCGGUAUCGGUUACUUUCGCGGUGAUGUGCUUACCCUUAUUGAUGAUAUGACUGAACUUAAACCUACAAUUUUCCCUUCUGUUCCGCGUUUACUUACGCGCGUGCAUGCUAAAAUUCAACAAAACACUGUGAAUGCUCCUGGUAUUAAAGGCGUAUUAUCACGUAAAGCUAUUGCUGCAAAACUUAAAAAUUUAGAGGAUGGAAAAGGCUUUACUCAUGCCUUCUGGGAUAGAAUUAUUUUCAACAAAAUAAAACAAGUUCUAGGUGGUCGUGUAAGAGUUAUCCUUACAGGUUCUGCUCCUAUAGGUCCUGAAGUUUUACAAUUCUUGAGAGUUGCUUUUGCUUGUGAUGUAGCUGAAGGUUAUGGUCAGACUGAAGGGUUUUCUGCUGCGACAUUAACUUCAAAGGGUGAGAAUGAAGUUGGUCAUGUGGGAGGUCCUCUUCCAUGUCUUGAAAUGAAGCUUGUAGAUGUACCAGAGAUGAAUUAUUUUUCAACUGAUAAACCUUUUCCUCGCGGUGAACUUUGUUAUCGCGGUCAAAAUGUUUUUCCUGGUUAUUUCAAAGAUGCUGCCAAAACAAAAGAAGCAAUUGAUGCAGAAGGAUGGCUUCAUAGUGGCGAUAUUGCAUACGUUAAUGCAAGAGGUGCAUUUAGUAUAAUUGAUCGAAAGAAGAAUAUAUUCAAAUUAUCUCAAGGUGAAUACGUUGCCCCUGAAAAAAUCGAAAAUGAAUAUGUGAAUUCCAAUUUGAUACUUCAAAUAUUUGUCCAUGGUGAUUCUCUUCGCAAUUAUCUUGUUGCUAUUGUUGUACCGGACCCUGAAACUUUUUUACCAUGGGCAAAUGAUUUGACCAACCAAAACGUUUCCUUGGGUGAUGAAAAAGGAUUGGAAAUUCUUGUUAAUGACAAAAAAGUGAAAAGUGCUUUUUUGGAUCAUAUGAAUGAUGUUGCAAAGCAAUCGAAACUUAAAGGUUUUGAAAUUGUUAAAGCUAUUCAUCUUUCGUGUUGUCCAUUCUCAGUUGAGAACCAUCUUUUGACUCCAACUCUGAAACUUAAACGUCAUGAAGCCCAAAAUCAUUUUCGUAAGAUUAUUGAUAAACUAUAUGCAGAAAGUGAAAAUGAUCCCAUAACAAUGUCUAAUAUUCUUGCCGUUGAUUUCAAAUACACUGAGCGUAUUGCUCUUAAAACUACUCUCAGAGAUUAUAUUUCUUAUUCUUAUGAUGAACAUCCAGAUAUAUACACUGACGAUUUACGUAUUCUUGACGAACUUAGGACCGAUUGUUUGAAUUUGGAGGUACACCAAAAUGCACUAUGUCGGCUGUUAAAAUAUUAUGGGCAGCUAGUUUUCAUUGGUGCUAAAUUUCCAAUUGACGUAGGCAUAGAAUUUCCUUGGUAUUCAGCCUUUCCAAAUAAUGAAAAAAAGCCUGUUUCACAUAAAAAUUUUUACUAUGAGAGGGCUUGUGUACUAUUUAAUAUCGGUGCCAUGUAUAGCAAGCUUGGCAUCUCGGAAAGCAGGAUAACUCCUGAAGGUGUCAAAAGGGCUUGUCAAUAUUUUCAAAACGCAGCUGGUUGUUUCAAACACUUGGACAGUGUAAUAGUACCAGAAAUGCGAAUACCACCAACACCAGACAUGUCAUCUACUACUUUAAAUGUUCUUAUUAAUAUUAUGUUGGCACAGGCUCAAGAAUGUUUUUGGCAAAAAGCUGUAUAUGAAAAAUUAAAGGAUGGAAAUGUGGCAAAAUUAGCAAGUCAGGUGUCUGCAUACUAUGAAACAGCGUUUGAAUUAGCUACAAAUAAUCCAGAAGUUUCAAAAUUAAUAGGCCAAAAUUGGCUUACACAUCUGCAAGUAAAAUCGUGGCAUUUUGUUGCAGCUGCAGAAUUUCGUAAAUCUUGUGAAUGCAUUAGCCAAAAUAAAUAUGGUGAAGAAAUUUCGAGGUUGCGAGUAGCUGAAGGGUACGUGAAUAGAGCAUUUGAUCAACGUAAAAAUUUAAGAGAAGCUGUAAUAAAAGAUUUAGAGUCAUUACAUACAGUUGUUACUUCAAAUCUUAGUCGUGCUGUAAAAGACAAUGAUAUUAUAUAUUUAAACACUAUUCCUUCAGCUUCUUUAUUACCUCAAAUUGGCCGUGCAAGUCUGGCUAGUCCAAUACUUCCUCCAGAAGUCAAUGAUCCAAUCUCCUUGAUGAAUGAAAGAUCUAUUUUGGGUCUUCCAUUGUUUGUAAAACUUGUUCCUUUUGCUGUUCAUCAGGCUCACAGUGUAUAUUCCGAUCGUAAAGAAAGAGUGGUAAAGGAAGAUAUCUUAUUGAAAUUGAAUGAGUUAACAAAUGAUCAAUUAAUUCCACAAUUAAUAUUGGCAAAUUCACAAGAUGUUCGCAAUGAAGGAAGUGUAACGAGACUGAAUGCAAUGUUCGAUAGCAUACGAGAUGCAUCACCAAGUAAUAAUCAAAUUUUAGAUGAGGCAUUAAAUAUUUUAGAUCAAGAAGCUAUGGAAGAUGAAGAAUGGGAAAAGAAAUUUGGAGAAAGAUGGACAAGAAAGAAAUCUAUUGUAGCUAAUAAAGAUUUGAUAGACCAAGGGUUAAAUCAUCAACAAAUUCUUCAACAGGCGCUCAAAGGUGACUUGGCAAUCAAAAACAAAUUAGAGCAAUGGAGUCAACAUAUUGAAUUAUUGGGUUCUGAUAGGGAAACUAUUAAAAAAACCAUCCUAUCAAGUAGCACUUUUGAUGCAUCUGCACAAUCAGAUAUUAAAAAUCGUGAUAAUGAGUUACGGACUCUUAUAAAUGAAGCUCAUGCUAAUAUUGGAGAACGCAAUAAGACUAUUGAGGAAAUUAAAAAAGUUUCGAAUCUAGAUGAUAUUGGUCCUAAAUUACUCAAAGAAGCUGCAAAAAUUACUGCCAAUGGUACUGCUAUAAAAAUUGAGCCAGCACAUUUUGAAGAACUAUUCAUCGAAGAGUUGAAAAAAUAUGAUAAAUAUUUGGAGCUUGUACAGCGUGAAACUGAAAAUCAAGAAAAGUUAUUGAGCAAUAUUGAGAGAAAAUAUCAAGAAUUAACAGAAAAACGUAAUAGGGUAAUGAAUAGCUCUGGAAGGACAGAAAUACUUGAGAAAUUUAAUACGGCAAAUCAAAAAUUCAGGGAGAUAUUAUCAAACUUACAAGAAGGAAUCAAAUUUUAUCGCAAUUUUGAAACUACUUUGCGAGAAUAUAAAAAAAAGUGCCAAGAAUUUGCAGCCUUUCGCCAUAAAGAAGGAUAUGACAUUGUCCUUACUAUUGACAAGACCUGGAACAAGGGUACGCCUAUAGUUUACUCUUCGCAGACUAAUUUACAACAAUCUUCUCAAUCACAAAAGGCAAGUGGAGUAUGGAAUCCAGACAAGAAUGCAAAUUUUCCAC